CUGUAAUUCAAUAGGGUUCCAUGCUCUUGUUUCAUCUAUAUUGGAAGCUCAACCUCUUAAGGAUAGGAGUCUUCCUCUGGUUUUUUUGGCAACUUCAUUUUUCCAGUGGAGAGAUGCAGUGUUUUCUGAUUCUAGAUACAUACUAUGGAGAAAGCAGAAGUAAGAAACCAAACGCCCAUCGUGGAAUUCAUCCUCUUAGGAUUUGGGAAUGACCCUGAACUGCAGCCCCUUCUCUUUCUGCUGUUUCUAGUGAUCUACAUUGUGACUGUCGCCGGAAACAUCCUCUUCGUUGUGCUAGUUGUGACUAAUCAGCACCUUCACAUCCCCAUGUACUUUUUACUGGGGAACUUGUCCUGCCUGGAGAUCUGCUACAGCUCUGCCAUUCUGCCCCGGCUGCUGGCCAGUCUCCUGACUGGGGACAGAACCAUUUCUGUUAAGGGCUGCAUUGUGCAAUUAUAUUCCUUUGGUAUCCUGUCACAUACAGAAUAUCUGCUGCUCACAGCAAUGUCUUAUGAUCGGUAUUUAGCGAUAUGCAAUCCACUCCGUUAUGAUGCUCUGAUGAAUGGCGCGGUUUGUUGGCAGCUUGUGGCAGGGUCCUGGAUAAGUAGCUUUCUGAUAUGCACCAUAGUAAAUAUUUUCGUUUUCCAAUUAACGUUCUGUGAUUCCAAAGAAAUUGACCACUUCUUUUGCGAUUUUUCACCCAUGAUAAAGCUGUCCUGUGUCGACACCCAGACUCUGGAACUGUUGACAUUUAUUAUCUCUGUAAUAGGGACAUUUGUGCCCUUUCUUCUGACUCUGACAUCCUACAUUUGUAUCAUAAGCACCAUCCUGAGAAUCCCUUCCAGCAUUGGGAGGCAAAAGGCCUUUUCCACCUGCUCCUCUCACCUCAUUGUGCUUGCAGUUUUGCAUGUGACCGUAUUAAUUGUCUAUGUAGUUCCAACAGCCAACGUCCCCAAGGUCCUACACAAAAUAUUCUCUGUCUUCUACACAGUCCUGACUCCCAUGAUCAACCCUGUCAUCUACAGCCUGAGAAACAAGGAGGUCAAUGAGUCCCUAAGAAAAUCUAUUCUUAAACUAGUAGCUUAGAGAAACACUAUUCUUAAACUAGUAGCUUAGGGAA